GUCAACUAUCUAUCCUUCAAUCCAUACAAUGAGUGGGUAGUUGCAACGGCAUCUUCAGACACUACAGUUGGUCUGUUUGACAUGCGAAAGUUGAACGCUCCAUUGCACAUCUUAAGCAGUCAUACGGAUGAAGUGUUCCAGGUGGAAUGGGAUCCUAACCAUGAAACAGUGCUGGCAUCUUCUGCUGGUGACAGAAGGUUAACGGUUUGGGAUAUUAAUAGGGUAGGAGAUGAGCAGUUGGAAGGAGAAGCUGCGGAUGGUCCCUCUGAACUAAUCUUCUCUCAUGGGGGUCAUCAAGCUAAAAUAUCUGACUUCUCUUGGAAUAAAAAUGAGCCAUGGGUCAUCUCAAGUGUUGCAGAAGACAAUACUAUUCAAAUCUGGAAAUUGGCAGAUAGUAUUUACCGGGAUGAAGAAGACGAGUUGCUUACCAAUAGAUCUUGAAAGUCAUGGUUUUCUGUUCAGAUUUGUUUUUACCGGAAAGGACAUGAUAAUUCACGCAUUAUAUAAUUGAU